GAGCCGUAUGCGUCAGAAUGGUCUUCAUCAUCACUCCACUCGUUCUACUCGAACGAGCAUCUCCACGCAGACGACGUUGACCCUAUGCCUGACCUGGAGAAGGGCUGGGGUAUGCCCUCUCCUCCGUGUUGCGGGUCCGUGGUGCCGUAUGCUCACACCAGACAGGCGCCCCCCUUCACCAGGGUCAUCACGGGACCCACCGUCGACGUCUGGCAGCCCAAGCAGAAGGACAUGGACGUGGUGGCUCCUGGAAGGAUCGCGGACUUGACGGCGUGGGUGAACUCGUCGACAGGUAACGUGGUGUUGGAGUGGACUGCUGUGGGCAGUGACAGAGACUGGGGCCGCGCGCACCAUUACGUCGCAGCCGUCACCUCUUCCAAAGCGCAGGCCGCGAACGCCUGUACAGGCAAACAGCUCAAGGGUCUGCCGCAUCCAGCACCUGCAGGCGAACGUGAAGAAGCUGCCGUGGAUCUCCGUGUAAAUGAUAAGAAGACGCUGUUCGUGUGCAUGCGCGCCGUGGACGCCUCAGGCAACAGCGGCGCCCCCAGCAACGCCGCCCCCGUCUGGCUGCCGCGGCCUCCCGCCACUGACAGAGUCACCCUCAGGGACCAGCGACUGG